CUGUCCUCCAGCACCCUCACACACACACACACUCACACACACACACACACACACUCACACACUCACAGGCUGACAGAGGGAGCACAGCAGCGAGGACGGACAUAUAUAAAACCCUGAGCGGACAGAUCACCAGGAUUUUCUGUCUUUCUCCCGAGGAGCUGAGAAAGACCCCGGGAGGAAGAUGGCAGAAGGAGGAGAGGGAGAGGAGGAGAUCCAGUUCCUGCGAACGGAUGACCAGGUGGUCCUGCAGUGCACCGCCUCCGUCCUGAAGGAGCAGCAGAUCAAGCUGUGUCUGUCCUGCGAGGGCUUCGGGAACCGGCUCUGCUUCUUAGAGACCACAUCCAACGCUCAGAAUGUGCCGCCCGACCUGGCCAUCUGCAGCUUCAUCCUGGAGCAGUCGCUGUCGGUGCGAGCGCUGGUGGAGAUGCUGGCUAACACCGUGGAGAUGACCGAGUCGUCUCAGGGUGGAGGUCAUCGCACCUUACUGUACGGUCAUGCCAUCCUUCUGAGACACCACCACUCAGGCAUGUACCUGAGCUGUCUGACCACAUCACGAUCCCUCACCGACAAGCUGGCCUUCGACGUGGGCUUACAGGAGGACUCCACAGGAGAGGCCUGYUGGUGGACCAUCCAUCCCGCCUCCAAGCAGAGGUCAGAAGGUGAAAAGGUCAGGGUGGGAGACGACCUGAUUCUCGUCAGCGUGUCGUCUGAGAGAUACCUGCAUCUGUCCUACGCCAGCGGAGACCUGAUGGUGGACGCCUCCUUCAUGCAGACCCUGUGGAACAUGAACCCCAUUAGUUCAGGAUGUGAACUGGCCGAGGGGUAUCUGACCGGCGGUCACGUCCUCAGGCUCUUCCACGGACACAUGGACGAGUGCCUGGCCAUCCCCACUCCAGAGGAGGGGGAGGAGAARCGCAGGACGGCUCACUACGAGGGCGGCGCCGUGUGCAGUCAGGCCCGGUCCCUGUGGAGGCUGGAGCCGCUCCGAAUCAGUUGGAGCGGCAGCCACAUGAAGUGGGGCCAGUCCUUUCGUAUUCGACACAUCACAACGGGUCGGUACCUGUGUCUGGAUGAGGACAAGGUCCUGAACGUGGUCGACCCGGAGAAGGCCAACACCAAAGCAUCCGCCUUCAGCUUUCGUAUCUCAAAGGAGAAGGUGGACGUGGCCCAGAAGAGAGACGUUGAAGGGAUGGGCAUUCCUGAGAUAAAGUACGGAGAGUCCAUGUGUUUCGUCCAACACGUGUCCACAGGCCUGUGGGUCACCUACGCUGCUCUGGAUGCUAAAGCUGCUCGUUUAGGAAUGAUGAAGAGGAGGGUGAUUCUACACCAGGAGGGUCACAUGGACGAUGCUCUGACCGUGUCCCGCUCUCAGUCUGAGGAGUCUCAGGCUGCUCGGAUGAUUUACAGCACCACAGGUCUCUUCAGGCACUUCAUCAAUGGACUGGACUCCCUGAGUGGGAAGAACAAAUCUCCAGGUCCGGUGUCUCUUCCUCUGGAAGGGGUCAUCCUCUCUCUUCAGGAUCUCAUCUUCUACUUCCGGCCACCRGAGGAGGAACUGGAGCACGAGGAGAAACAGACCAAACUCCGCUCGCUGCGCAACCGGCAGAACCUCUUCCAGGAGGAGGGAAUGAUCACCAUCGUGCUGGAGUGCAUCGACCGGCUCAACGUCUACAACACCGCCGCUCACUUCUCAGAGUUUGCCGGGGAAGAGGCGGCCGAGUCCUGGAAGGAGAUCGUCAACCUCCUUUACGAGCUGCUGGCUUCACUCAUCAGGGGGAACCGCUCCAACUGUGCACUGUUCUGUGACAACCUGGACUGGUUGGUCAGUAAACUGGACCGCCUGGAGGCUUCCUCAGGAAUCCUGGAGGUUCUGUACUGUGUUCURAUUGAGAGCCCCGAGGUUCUGAACAUCAUUCAGGAGAACCACAUUAAAUCCAUCAUCUCUCUUCUGGACAAACAYGGACGGAACCACAAGGUUCUGGACGUCCUGCGCUCCCUGUGUGUGUGUAACGGUGUAGCUGUGAGGUCCAACCAGAACCUCAUCACAGAAAAUCUGCUGCCGGGUCGAGACCUGCUGCUGCAAACCAACAUCGUCAACUACGUCACCAGCGUGAGACCCAACAUCUUCCUGGGCACCUGUGAGGGCUCCACUCAGUAUAAGAAGUGGUACUACGAGAUGAUUGUGGACUACGUGGAGUCCUUCGUCACGGCCCAGGCGACCCACCUGAGGGUGGGCUGGGCUAUGACCGAGGGCUACAGCCCCUACCCCGGAGGAGGAGAGGGCUGGGGAGGCAAUGGGGUGGGAGACGACCUCUACUCUUACGGCUUCGAUGGGCUGCACUUAUGGUCAGGGACCGUGGCUCGCCAGGUGGCCUCGCCCAGCGCUCACACGCUCGCUGCAGACGAUGUGGUCAGCUGCUGCCUGGAUCUGAGCGUGCCCAGCAUCUCCUUCCGAAUCAACGGCCAUCCAGUCCAGGGCAUGUUUGAAAACUUCAACGUGGACGGCCUCUUCUUCCCGGUCAUCAGCUUCUCUGCUGGGGUCAAGGUCCGGUUCCUCCUGGGCGGACGCCAYGGAGACUUUAAGUUUAUGCCCCCGCCAGGCUACGCCCCAUGCUACGAGGCAGUGCUGCCCAAGGAUAGGAUGCGUAUCGAACCCAUCAAGGAGUACAAGCAUGACUUUAACGGAGUCCGCAACCUUUUGGGUCCCACCCAAUCCCUGACCCACACCUCCUUCACCCCCUGCCCGGUGGACACGGUCCAGAUUGUGUUGCCACCGCACCUGGAACGCAUUCGAGAGAAGCUGGCGGAGAACAUUCACGAGCUGUGGGCGGUGACUCGCAUCGAGCAGGGCUGGACCUACGGCAAUUUCAGGGAUGACAACAAGAAACUGCACCCCUGCUUGGUGGACUUCCAAAGUCUCCCUGAACCGGAGAAGAACUACAAUCUGCAGAUGUCAGGAGAAACUCUCAAGACACUGCUGGCGUUGGGCUGCCAUGUUGGAAUGGGCGAUGAGAAAGCAGAGGAGAAUCUCAAGAAGAUCAAGCUGCCCAAGACCUAUGUGAUGACCAACGGCUACAAGCCUGCCCCGCUCGACCUCAACCACGUCAAACUGACACCGAACCAGAACCAGCUUGUAGAAAAACUGGCAGAAAAUGGGCAUAACGUUUGGGCGAGGGACAGAGUACGGCAAGGAUGGACCUACAGCAUCGUUCAGGACAUUAUAAAUAAGAGAAACCCUCGUUUGGUACCGUACAACCUGCUGGACGAGAGAACCAAGAAAACUAACCGUGACAGCGUCAACAACGCCGUCCGCACGCUCAUCGGCUACGGCUACAAUAUCGAGCCUCCGGACCAGGAGAGCACUGGCCACGGCCUGGAGAACACCCGCGGGGACAAAGUACGGAUCUUCAGGGCAGAGAAAUCGUACGCCGUCACUCAGGGGAAGUGGUACUUUGAGUUCGAGGCRGUGUCGACCGGAGAGAUGAGGGUGGGCUGGGCUCGUCCCAACGUCCGCUCUGACACCGAACUGGGAGCGGACGAGCUCGCCUACGUCUUCAACGGAAACAAGGCUCAAAGAUGGCACAUUGGCAACGAGCCGUUCGGUCGGCAGUGGCAGUCCGGUGAUGUUGUCGGUUGCAUGAUCGACCUGACGGAGAUGAACAUCAUGUUCACCCUCAACGGAGAAAUGCUGAUCAGCGAUUCUGGCUCAGAGAUGGCCUUCAAAGACAUCGAAAUUGGUGAAGGUUUUAUCCCGGUGUGUGCCCUCGGCCUGUCUCAGGUCGGGCGGAUCAAUCUGGGCCAGAAUGUCAGCAGCCUGCAGUAUUUUGCUAUCUGUGGCCUGCAGGAAGGAUUUGAACCAUUUGCCAUCAACAUGAAGCGAGACAUCACCAUGUGGUUCAGUAAAAGUUUGCCCCAGUUCGUCCCUGUACCCACCGACCACAAUCACAUUGAGGUUUCUCGUGUGGAUGGAACCGUGGACAGCGCCCCCUGUCUGAAGCUAACCCACAAGACCUACGGGUCGCAGAACGCCAACACGGACAUGAUGUUCCUCCGACUCAGCAUGCCCGUCCAGUUCCACGAGACCUUCAAGGUACAAGCCGGGACCACCCCUCUCACCCGAGCCCUCACCAUACCCGAGGAGGAGGUGGUCGUCGUAGAGCCGGACUCUGAGUUUGAGGUUUUAAAGAAGUCUGCCAGUCGUAAGGAGCAGGAGGACGAGAAGAAGGAACCAUCGGUACCAAAGGAGGUCUCUGUGGAAAACGAGAAGGAGGCAAUGUCAGAAAAGGGGAAGAAAAAAGGAUUUUUCUCCAAAGCUAAAAAAGCUGCCAUGACACCUCUGGCCCCUCCUCCUGCCCCYCCAACGGUGCCUCGUUUGGUGGAGGAUGUGGUUCCUGAUGACAGAGAUGACCCCGAAAUCAUCCUCAGCACCACCACCUAUUUCUACUCUGUGAGGAUCUUCGCUGGUCAGGAGCCRUCCUGCGUGUGGGUCGGCUGGGUCACCCCUGACUUCCACCAGUUCGACCCCAGCUUCGACCUCUCCAAGGUGCGCUGCGUCACCGUCACUGUGGGGGACGAUAAAGGCAACAUACAUGACAGCAUGAAGCACAGUAACUGCUACAUGGUGUGGGGAGGGGACCUGGUCAGCAACCAGCAGACCCGCUUCAGUCAGGAGGACAUGGUAAUUGGCUGCCUGGUCGACCUGGCCACAGGCCUCAUGACCUUUACCACCAAUGGAAAAGAGAUCAACACCUUCUACCAGGUGGAACCCAACACCAAACUGUUCCCUGCGGUCUUCAUUCAGCCCACCAACCAGAACAUGGCUCAGCUGGAGCUGGGGAAACUCAAGAACAUCAUGCCAAUCUCAGCGGCCAUGUUCCGCAGCGAGAGAAAGAAUCCCGUCCCCCAGUGCCCCCCCAGGUUGGAUGUCCAGAUGCUGACCCCGGUCAUUUGGAGCCGCAUGCCCAAUAACUUCCUGAAACCGGAGGUGGGCAAAAUGAGCGAGAGGCUGGGCUGGAUGGUGGAGUGUGUGGAACCUCUCAUCAUGAUGGCUCUGCACAUCCCUGAGGAGAACAGGUGCAUUGAUGUCCUGGAGCUGUCGGAGCGUCUCGACCUCAUGAAGUUCCACUACCACACGCUCAUGCUGUACUGCGCCGUGUGCGCGCUCGGCAACAACAGGGUCGCCCACGCUCUGUGCAGCCACGUGGACGAAUCGCAGCUCUUCUACGCCACCGAGAACACCUACCUCCCCGGGCCCCUCCGCAGCGGCUACUACGACCUGCUCAUCAGCAUCCACCUGGAGUCAGCCAAACGGGCGCGCCUGGGCACCAACAGGGAGUUCAUCGUGCCCAUGACGGAGGAGACGCUCAGCAUCAAGCUGUACCCCGACACCAAGAAGGCCCACUCUCUGCCCGGCGUCGGCCUCACCACCUGCCUACGCCCAAAGCUUCAUUUCUCCUCUGUCAACUUUGUCGGAACAGACCCUGAUAUUUACACGCUUAGUCCAAUUUUACCUCUGCAGGACCUAAAAACCAGAGCUAUCAACAUGCUAACUGAGGCUGUGCUGGAUGGAAGCCAAGCCAUGCGUGAUCCAGUAGGUGGCAGCGUCGAGUUCCACUUCGUCCCCAUCCUGAAGCUCAUCAGCACCCUGCUCAUCAUGGGCAUCUUCAACGAUGAAGACACCAAACACAUCCUCAAGAUGAUCGACCCCAACGUCUUCAGCGGGAAGGAAGAGGAGGAGGAGGAGGGAGAAAAGGCCGAGGAGGGAGGAGAGAAGGAGGAAGAGGCGGAGGAUGAAGAACUGGAGGAUGAGGGAAUGGGUGAUGAGGAGGAAGAGGAGGAGCAGAAGGAACUGGAGAAAGGAGAGCAGGAGGGGGAGGAGUCCGAGACUAAAGAGGAAGGUGAGAGGGAGGAGGAGGGAGAAGCCAAAGGAGGUAAAAUAGAUGGAGAGAAAGCAGAGGAGGAGAAGGAGGCAGAGGUGGAAACAGAAGCCAAAGAUGAAGAGGAGGGUCUGGAGGAAGGACUGCUUCAGAUGAAGCUGCCAGAAUCUGUCAAGCUGCAGAUGUGCACUCUGCUGCAGUACUUCUGCGACUGCGAGCUGCGACACAGAGUGGAGACCAUCGUGGCCUACUCCGACAACUUUAUGCAGGGCGUUCAGAAGAAYCAACGCGUGCGUUACAACCAGCUGAUGAGGGCCUUCUCCAUGUCGGCUGCCGAGACGGCUCGAAGGACCCGCGAGUUCCGAUCACCACCCCAAGACCAGGUUCUUCUGUUGACCAACUUCAAACACAGUCCAGAAGAUGAAGACUGUCCCGUUCCUGAGGAGGUGCGGGAAACUUUGGCCAAUUUCCACAAUGGCAUCCUCCUUCACUGUGGUAUCCACAUCGAGGAGGAGGCUGAGGAAGAGGAGGUGGACUCCUCACUCAGGGGGAGACUUCUCAGUCUGGUGGACAAGGUCAAGAACUUCAGGAAGAAACCAGAGGAAGAGAAACCGGAGGUCGAGGAAGAACCAAAGCCGAGCACCCUUCAGGAGCUGAUCUCCCACACCAUGAUCCACUGGGCCCAGGAGUCGUUCAUCCAGAACCCUGAGCUGGUGCGUCUGAUGUUCAGCCUGCUCCACAGACAGUACGACGGGCUCGGCGAGCUGAUCCGAGCUCUGCCCAAGGCCUACGCCAUCAACGCCAUCUCCGUUCAGGACACCAUGGACCUGCUGGAGUGUCUGGGCCAGAUCCGCUCGCUGCUCAUCGUCCAGAUGGGUCCGGAAGAGGAGCGGCUCAUGAUCCAGAGCAUCGGGAGAGAGCGUGGAGGAGAACGCCAACGUGGUGGUGCGUCUGCUCAUCCGACGGCCGGAGUGCUUCGGCCCCGCCCUGCGAGGAGAGGGGGGCAACGGCCUGCUGGCUGCCAUGGAGGAGGCCAUCAAGAUCUCAGAGGACCCGGCGAGGGACGGGCCGACCGUUAAAAAGGACCGGCGCUUCAUGUUCGGCGGCGAGGGACAGCACGAGGAAAACCGUGUGCACCUGGGGAACGCCAUCAUGUCCUUCUACUCUGCGCUCAUCGAUCUGCUGGGCCGCUGCGCUCCUGAGAUGCAUCUGAUCCAAGCAGGUAAAGGUGAAGCUCUGAGGAUCCGGGCCAUCCUGAGGUCUCUGGUGCCCAUYGAGGACCUGGUGGGAGUAAUAAGUCUACCUGUACAGAUCCCCGCCUACGGCAAAGACGGUCAGAUCAUCGAGCCCAAGAUGUCUGCCAGUUUUGUCCCGGACCACAAGGCUUCCAUGGUUCUGUUCCUUGACAGAGUCUACGGGAUCGACAACCAGGACUUCCUGCUCCAYGUGCUGGAGGUGGGCUUCCUGCCCGACAUGAGAGCUGCAGCUUCUCUGGACACGGUGGCCUUCAGCACCACAGAGAUGGCCUUGGCUCUGAACCGCUACCUCUGUUCGGCCGUUCUUCCUCUGCUCACCAAGUGCGCCCCGCUGUUUGCCGGGACGGACCACAGGGCCAUCAUGAUCGACUCCAUGCUGCACACCAUCUACCGCCUGUCCCGCGGCCGCGCCCUGACCAAGGCUCAGAGGGACGUCAUCGAAGAGUGCCUGAUGUCGCUCUGCAAAUACCUCCGACCCUCCAUGCUGCAGCAUCUGCUCAGAAGGCUGGUGUUUGAUGUUCCCAUCCUGAACGAAUACGCAAAGAUGCCUCUUAAGGAUAAAGAAAUCUACCGCUGGCCCAUCAAAGAGUCCAUCAAAGCCAUGCUGGCGUGGGAGUGGACGCUGGAGAAAGCCCGGGAGGGGGAGGAGGAGGUUGCUAAGAAGGCGUCCACACGCAAGAUCUCCCAAACCGCUCAGGCCACCUACGACCCGAGUCACGGCUACAACCCGCAGCCUAUAGACAUCGCAGGGAUGGCCUUAUCCAGAGAGCUGCAGUCCAUGGCAGAGCAGCUGGCAGAGAACUACCACAACACCUGGGGCAGGAAGAAGAAGCUGGAGCUGCAGGCUAAAGGUGGCGGCACCCACCCUCUGCUUGUGCCUUAUGACACCCUGACGGCCAAGGAGAAGGCCCGGGACCGUGAGAAGGCCCAGGACCUGCUCAAGUUCCUGCAGCUCAACGGAUACGCUGUGACGAGAGGUCUGAAGGACAUGGAGCAGGACAUCUCCUCCAUCGAGAAGCGUUUCGCCUACGGCUUCCUCCAGAAGCUUCUCAAAUGGAUGGACAUCGCCCAGGAGUUCAUCGCUCACCUUGAGGCCGUGGUUAGCAGUGGGCGCGUGGAAAAGUCUCCUCAUGAACAGGAAAUUAAAUUCUUUGCCAAGAUUCUCCUGCCUCUGGUCAAUCAGUACUUCAAGAACCACUGUCUGUACUUCCUGUCCACUCCUGCCAAGGUUCUGGGCAGUGGAGGGCAUUCGUCCAAUAAAGAGAAAGAGAUGAUUGCCAGUAUCUUCUGUAAGUUGGCUGCUUUGGUGAGGCACAGAGUCUCUCUUUUUGGAACCGACGCUCCCGCGGUGGUGAACUGUCUCCACAUCCUCUCACGCUCACUUGAUGCCAGGACCGUCAUGAAGUCCGGUCCGGAGAUCGUGAAAGCCAUCCUACGCCAGUUUUUUGAGAGCGCCGCAGACGACAUCGAGAAGAUGGUGGAGAAUCUGAAACUGGGCAAAGUGUCCAGCAGAAAUCAGGUUAAAGGGGUGUCCCAGAACAUUAACUACACCACCACAGCCCUACUUCCUGUCCUCACCUCACUCUUCGAUCACAUCGCCCAGCAUCAGUUUGGAGACGAUGUCAUCUUGGAUGACCUGCAGAUAUCCUGCUAUCGGUUAAUGUGUAGCAUCUACUCUCUGGGAACGGUGAAGACCCCACACGUGGAGAAACAGCGACCGGCUCUCGGCGAGUGUUUGGCUCAUUUAGCUGCUGCGAUGCCGGUGGCGUUCCUCGAGCCGUACCUGAACGAGUUCAACUCGUUCUCCGUUUACACGACCAAAACUCCCAGAGAGAGAACCAUUUUGGGACUUCCCAACCAAGUGGAAGAAUUAUGCACCGACAUCCCAGAGCUGGAGGUCCUGAUGAAGGAGAUCCACGACCUGGCGGAGUCUGGAGCUCGCUACACAGAGAUGCCCCACGUGAUUGAGAUCACGCUGCCCAUGCUGUGCAACUACCUGCCCCGCUGGUGGGAGAGGGGUCUGGAGAAUUACCCCGAGCAGGAGGGCCAGCUGUGCACCGCCGUCACCUCUGAGCAGCUCAACCAGCUCCUGGGAAGCAUCAUGAAGAUUGUGGUCAACAACCUGGGCAUCGACGAGGCCUCCUGGAUGAAGAGAUUAGCAGUGUUCGCCCAGCCCAUUGUCAGCAGAGCCAAACCAGAGAUGCUGAAAUCUCACUUCAUCCCCACUAUGGAGAAGCUGAAGAAACGYGCAGGAAAGGUGGUGGCAGAGGAGGAACACCUGCGUAUGGAGGGCAAAUCGGAGGUGGACAGAGAAAACGGGACCAUUCGGGACGAGUUCGCCGUCCUGUGUCGUGACCUGUACGCCCUGUACCCUCUGCUCAUCCGCUACGUGGACAACAACAGGGCCAGGUGGCUGACGUGUCCGGACCCAGACGCAGAGGAACUUUUCAGGAUGGUUGGAGAGGUUUUCAUCUUCUGGUCCAAGUCCCAUAACUUUAAGAGGGAGGAGCAGAACUUUGUGGUGAUGAACGAGAUCAACAACAUGUCCUUUCUCACCGCUGACAGUAAGAGCAAGAUGAGCAAGGCCGGAGACGGAGAGUCUGGAGGCUCAGAUCAGGAGCGCAACAAGAAGAAGAAGCGGGGGGACCGCUACUCCGUGCAGACCUCCCUGAUCGUAGCGGCGUUAAAGAAGAUGCUUCCCAUCGGUCUCAACAUGUGCUCUCCUGCCGAUCAGGAGCUCAUCAAUCUGGCCAAGAUCAGAUACUCUCUGAAAGACACAGAUGAGGAGGUGAGAGAGUUCCUGCACAACAAUCUGCAUCUGCAGGGCAAGGUGGAGGACCCAGCUAUGCGCUGGCAAAUGGCUCUUUAUAAGGAGAUGUCAGGAAAGGCCGAAGAUGCUGAAGACCCAGAGAAGGUGGUGAAAAGGGUCCAGGAAGUGUCGGCGGUUCUUUACCACAUCGAGGUGACUGAGCAUCCAUUCAAAUCAAAGAAAAUGGUUUGGCACAAGCUGCUGUCCAAACAGCGCCGCCGGGCGGUGGUGGCCUGUUUCAGGAUGACGCCGCUCUACAACAUCCCAACGCACAGAGCCAUCAACAUGUUCCUGGACGCCUACAAGAGGAACUGGUUAGAAACUGAGGGCUACUCGUUUGAGGACAAGAUGAUUGACGACCUGUCAAAAGCCAUGGAGGAAGAGGAGGAGGAGGAAGAGGAGACGGAGACGAAGCCCGACCCCCUUCAUCAGCUGAUUCUACACUUCAGCCGCACAGCUCUGACAGAAAAGCUGAAACUGGACGUGGACCAUCUGUACAUGUCGUACGCCGACAUCAUGGCAAAGAGCUGUCACAUUGGUGAGGAGGACGAAGGGGGAGAGCAGGAGGGGGAGGAGCCGUCCUUUGAGGUGCGACAGACAGAGAUGGAAAAGGAGAUGGAGAAACAGAGACUUCUGUACCAGCAGUCCCGUCUGCACAACCGAGGGGCUGCAGAGAUGGUGCUGCAGAUGAUCAGCGCCUGCAAAGGUGAACCAGGAGUCAUGGUGUCCUCCACWCUCAAACUGGGAAUCUCCAUCCUCAACGGAGGCAACAGUGACGUCCAGCAGAAAAUGCUGGACUACCUGAAGGACAAAAAGGACGUGGGGUUCUUCCUCAGCGUUCAGGCUCUGAUGCAGACCUGCAGCGUUUUGGACUUGAACGCGUUUGAGAGGCAGAACAAGGCAGAGGGACUCGGGAUGGUUUCAGAGGAGGGCACCAAUAAGAAGCUAGAACGUGAUGAGAAAGUGAUGGCAGACGAUGAAUUCACCUGCGACCUCUUCCGCUUCCUGCAGCUCCUGUGUGAGGGCCACAACAACGAUUUCCAGAACUAUCUGAGAACUCAGACAGGCAGCACCACCACCAUCAACGUCAUCAUCUGCACCGUGGACUACCUGCUCCGACUGCAGGAGUCCAUCAGUGACUUUUACUGGUACUACUCAGGGAAGGACAUCAUCGACGAACCUGGCAAGAGGAACUUCUCCAAAGCCAUGACGGUGGCCAAGCAGGUGUUCAACAGCUUGACUGAGUACAUCCAGGGUCCGUGCACAGGGAACCAGCAGUCUCUGGCCCACAGCAGGUUGUGGGACGCUGUUGUUGGUUUCCUGCACGUUUUCGCUCACAUGAUGAUGAAACUUGCUCAGGAUUCCAGUCAAAUUGGACUGUUGAAGGAACUCUUGGACCUCCAGAAGGACAUGGUUGUGAUGCUUCUGUCCCUGCUUGAAGGCAAUAUUGUCAACGGCACCAUUGCCAGGCAGAUGGUGGACAUGCUGGUGGAGUCCUCGAGCAACGUGGAGAUGAUCCUCAAGUUCUUCGACAUGUUCCUCAAGCUCAAAGACAUCGUGGCGUCUGACGCCUUCAGGGACUACGUGACGGAUCCACGUGGACUCAUUUCCAAGAAGGACUUCUCCAAAGCCAUGGACAGCCAGAAGCAGUACUCCCCGUCAGAGAUCCAGUUCCUGCUCUCCUGCUCCGAGGCCGACGAAAACGAAAUGAUCAACAUUGAGGAGUUCGCCGACCGCUUCCAGGAGCCGGCCAAGGACAUCGGCUUCAACAUCGCCGUCCUGCUCACGAACCUGUCCGAGCACGUUCCCCACGACACCCGGCUCCAGAACUUCCUGGAGCAGGCCGAGAGCGUUCUCAACUACUUCCGGCCUUUCCUCGGGCGCAUCGAGAUCAUGGGAGCCAGCCGGAAAAUCGAGCGCAUCUACUUUGAGAUCAGCGAGGCCAACCGCAACCAGUGGGAGAUGCCGCAGGUCCGAGAGUCCAAACGGCAGUUCAUCUUCGACGUGGUCAACGAGGGCGGCGAGAGCGAGAAGAUGGAGAUGUUCGUGAACUUCUGCGAGGACACCAUCUUUGAGAUGAACAUCGCCGCUUCCAUCUCUGAGCCCGAGGGAGACGGGGAGGAGGAGGAAGACGAGGAGGAGGAGGGCGGUGGAGACGAAGGAGAAGCUGGAGAAGGCGAGGAAGGGAACGAAGAGGGCGAGGUUCCGGAGUCGACCUCCGCCUUCGCCGAGUUCCUGAAGAGCGUGAUGGACUUCUUCAACAUGUUCACCUUCCGCAACCUGCGGCGCCGAUACCGCAAACUGAGGAAGAUGACCGUGAAGGAGAUGGUGGUCAGCCUGGUGACGUUCGUCUACACCGUCCUGAUGGGCAUCCUCAUGUUUGUCUACAACAUCUGUAAGGGCUUCUUCACGCUCAUCUGGAAGGCGCUGUUCGGCGGGGGCUUGGUGGAGGGGGCCAAGAAGAUGACCGUCACAGAGAUUUUAGCCAGCAUGCCAGAUCCCACACAAGAUGAAGUCCACGCAGAUCUGCCACCUGAACCAGGAGCUCGAGAAGUCCAGGAAGCAGACGGAGGGACGGACCUGUUGGACACUGUUGGGGAAGGAGAAGAGGAGGAGGAUGGAGAGGAAGGAGAAGGUGGGCGUCAGCCUGGUUUUAACACUCCUGGGGGUCUCGGGGACUUUGGAGAAACGACAACAGAAGAGCCUCCAACUCCAGAAGGAACACCGCUUCUCAAGAGGAAACUGCUGGAAGCAGCUGUUGGAGGUCAAGAGGAGGAAGUUAAAGUGGAAGCUGAAGAGGAAGCUCCUCAGGAGACGGAGAAGGCGGACACUGAGAACGGAGAGAAAGCAGAGAAAGCUGAGCCUGAACCUGAGGUGAAGGAGGAAGAGCCUGAAGAAGAGGAGGAGAAAACCAUGAAGACCAAGACGAAGAAGGACAAGAAGCCUGCAGAGGAGGGCUUCGAGUUGUGGAAYGAGCUGGAAGUUCAGAGGAUAAAGUUCAUGAACUACCUCUCUCGUAACUUCUACAACCUUCGAUUCUUGGCUCUGUUCAUCGCCUUCGCUCUCAACUUCAUCCUGCUCUUCUACAAGGUUUCUGAAACGCCACCAGGUGAGGAGGAGUUUGAGGGAUCCGGYCUGUUCGAGGGCUCCGGCCUGUUCGAAGGCUCUGCUGCCGAGGAGGAAGGGUCCGGGUUAGAGGAGGGCGGUGAGGACGAGGAGGAGGAGGGUCCGCUGUACUACUUCUUGGAGGAGAGCACGGGCUACAUGGAGCCGGCCUUGUCCUUCCUGGCCAUCGUCCACACCAUCAUYUCCUUCCUGUGCAUCAUCGGCUACAACUGCCUGAAGGUUCCUCUGGUCAUCUUCAAAAGAGAGAAGGAGCUGGCCAGGAAGCUGGAGUUCGACGGCGUCUAUGUGACGGAGCAGCCCGAGGACGACGACAUCAAGGGCCAGUGGGACAGACUGGUGCUCAACACGCCAACCUUCCCCAACAACUACUGGGACAAGUUUGUAAAAAGAAAGGUUCUGGAUAAAUACGGAGACAUUUACGGCAGAGAGAGAAUCGCYGAGCUGCUGGGCAUGGACCUGGCCUCUUUGGACGUGAGCGCCAUGACGCAUGAGAAGAAGCCUGAGCCGGACACGUCCAUGUUCAGCUGGAUCACAUCCAUCGACGUCAAGUACCAGAUCUGGAAGUUUGGUGUGGUCUUCACUGACAACACCUUCCUCUACCUGGUGUGGUACAUGCUCAUGUCUCUGCUCGGACACUACAACAACUUCUUCUUUGCCUGCCACCUUCUGGACAUCGCCAUGGGUGUGAAGACGCUGCGCACCAUCCUGUCCUCCGUCACGCACAACGGAAAACAGCUGGUGAUGACGGUGGGUCUGCUGGCCGUGGUGGUCUACCUCUACACGGUGGUGGCCUUCAACUUCUUCAGGAAGUUCUACAACAUGAGCGAGGACGAGGACGAGCCGGACAUGAAGUGCGACGACAUGAUGACUUGCUACCUCUUCCACAUGUACGUGGGCGUGCGCGCCGGCGGUGGCAUCGGCGACGAGAUCGAGGACCCGGCUGGAGACGAAUACGAGCUGUACCGAGUCGUCUUCGACAUCACCUUCUUCUUCUUCGUUAUCGUCAUCCUGCUGGCCAUCAUCCAGGGUUUGAUCAUCGAUGCGUUCGGUGAGCUCAGAGACCAGCAGGAGCAGGUCAGGGAGGACAUGGAGACAAAGUGCUUCAUCUGUGGGAUAGGAAGUGACUACUUUGACACGACGCCGCACGGAUUUGAGACGCACACCUUGGAGGAGCACAAUUUAGCAAACUACAUGUUCUUCCUGAUGUAUCUCAUCAACAAAGAUGAAACGGAGCACACAGGACAGGAGUCCUACGUGUGGAAGAUGUACCAGGAGCGAUGCUGGGACUUCUUCCCUGCUGGAGACUGCUUCAGGAAGCAGUAUGAGGACCAGCUGGGAUAGACCCUGCUCCARCACGUCGGUGUCUUAGUUUUCUUAUCUGUCUGAGCGUCUCUGCGUCUGUUGAAAGCUAUGCACACCUCGACUGAACUUUUGUACCACCUGCAGCAGAAUGUCGACGACACUUUCCAACAAAACAACAAAGAGACAAAGAAAAUCCAACAAAGCCAGUCUUUUUAUUCCACUAUAAAUACAGUAAAUGGCCUUUCCUGUUCUUAUUUAGUGUAAACGUUAUAGUGCCUAUAGCAACGUCACUGCUUCAGCUGUCAGAACGGUCAGACUUUAAGAAUUAAUCCCUUUGUUUACGUUUGAGGUUAACAUGAAUCCAUCACAAAGUUCAGCACAUGAAGGUGACGUCAGCGCUCAGAAAUCCAGGAAAACGUCUCUUUUUAUAUUUGUUUCACUAAUUAAGUCAUUAACUUUGUUGGGUUUGUGUAAAAACAACAAAACUACAUCCAAGUCGAGCUUUAUUCUAAAGCACAUUUCAUGCAUAAAGCAGCCCGAUGUGUUUCUAUUAACAAAACACACAAACAGUGCGAAUGCACACACAGAUUUCUCAAAGAGAAAUAAAAAAAAACGUAAAAGUGUGUUAAAAGUUUAUAAAGUUGAGAAUCUAACUUUACAGCUGGACAGAGCAGUGUUGCUCCCRUCAGUUAAAUGUUAAUUUUUCACAUUUUAAUUGUGAUAAAACCCUAAUUCAGGACUUUUUCACAAAAUGCAGCGACACAGUCUUCUUCUGUGGUUUCACUCUCGAUCCCAGUCGCAUCAAAAARAUAAAAAAAUCACCCGGCUGGGUUUGAAGAUGUAAGUUUUCUGCCCGUUUCUUGUUUUCACGGUUUGUUUUUGCUGAUCCAGCUGCUCAGAGUCUUACUGUAGCUCACAGAACGUGUCUUUCAGGAACUGAAACACUUUCUAGAGAAAUACAAGAUUAUUUAUACGUCAUCACUCCGCGGCGUCCACGGUUGUGUCGUCUGUUUGUGAUGAACACAAGAAACGAGGACGCCAGGGUUAUUAUCAGACCAUGUUUCUUUUAAUACGACUUUAUGCACAAAAUCUGUGCUUUAAAAUAAACAAAUGUGUUUAUUUGGUCUGUAUAACUGAUAAAUAACAAGGCUCUUUAUCUGCCUUUUUGAUGAAAAGACUUAUUUUCCUUAAUAUUUACAUAAAUUUAUUUUUCUUUAGAGCUUUAUGAUAUUAAACUGCUCCUUUUCCAGACAUGAGUUGUGUUUGUGAAGAAAACGAGUCUUACGCUGAGGAAACAGGAAUGUUUUUGGUUUUUACAGUAGAACAGUUUUUAAUUCAACACAUCGUUUUUGUUUUGUUUUGUCAAAGUUGUGUGCGAAGCGUUGAUCUGACUCAUGAGGAGUUUGAGUUCACUCUGAAGUGUUUCUUUGGUUGUGCUCGCAGAAGUGAUGGACGGUUUGAACGUUUCAUAACUUUCCACCAGACUGAGAGUCUUCUGACUGAAGCCUGUGUUUCGAUACAGAAUAAACAGWUUAUUUUAAGGAGAA